UCAGACAGACAUGAACAGUGCUCUGAUUGAAUCCAUGUCCUUGUUUCAGUGUCUUACACACUCAGCUUCAGCUCUGCUCUGUCUCAAGAAUUCAAACCCCAUGGAUAGCCUUCUAUCUCUAUGGCAUCCCAAUAGAAUUCCUCACGUUGCCGGGACAGAUUCAAAAUUCAAGAGCAUAACCAGUCCCCCAAUUCUCCGACUGACCCCCAUGCCCAAUUUGGAAGCUUGUUCUUGAGAUUGAAUUUCCCUUGCCAGUUCUUCCCACUGCCCUGCAUUUCUAGGGUUCCGGUGUUUCCUCUAUAUAAAUCUCGGUUCUUGCUCUGUGUCCUCGGCAUUGCGGAAAUUCGUGCUCGACCCGUUUGAUCGCUGUCGCGUAAACAGGUGCUUGUGAGCUCGGUCAGCUUCACGAGGGCAUGGGUCGCUCCCGCGGGAACUUCCACUCUGCUGAUGAGGAUCCCACCCAGAGAUCAAGGAGAAAGAAAAAUCCCUCCAGUGGAGAAAAUUCAGAAUCUGCAUCUAUUGGCCAAGGAAGCAGUGAAGGGAAAAGGGCUUUAUAUCACUGCAAUUACUGCAACAAAGAUAUCACUGGGAGAAUCCGUAUUAAGUGCGCUGUUUGCCCCGAUUUUGACCUGUGCGUUGAAUGUUUUUCUGUUGGUGCGGAAGUGACACCCCAUAGGAGCAACCACGCAUACCGAGUUAUGGAUAAUUUGUCAUUUCCUCUUAUUUGCCCUGACUGGAAUGCGGAUGAUGAAAUACUGCUUCUCGAGGGAAUCGAGAUGUAUGGAUUGGGGAAUUGGAUGGAAGUAGCUGAGCAUGUUGGCACAAAGAACAAAGAACAGUGUAUUGAUCACUACACAGAAGUGUAUAUGAACUCCCCAUUCUUUCCUCUGCCGGAUAUGACUCAUGUGGUUGGGAAGAAUCGAUCAGAGCUUCUUGCCAUGGCUAAAGGUCAAGGAGAGGACAAGAAAGGAGUUUCCUCUCUCGGGGAUCUCACCUUGAAGGAAGAAUCUCCUUUUUCACCUUCAAGGGUCAAAGUUGAAGAUCCACAUAAAGGUGGUCCCUCUGGCCGUUUUGUAUCUGGCAUAGGUGCAGAUAUGGAUAGUAGGCCCUGUUCCAGCAGCACAAAUUCAGCAGCUCCUAUGAAGAAGGCCUCUAACAUGGGUCAAGUCAAAGAUGGUAUGGUGAAAAUGGAAGAUGCUCAGGGUGAGAGGAGUUUCAAGGGGAAGAGCCCGAGCACUGCAGGGAACAAUGGCCCUUCCCUCUUGGAGAUGAGCAGUUACAACCCAAAGAGGCAAGAAUUUGACAUUGAGUACGACAAUGACGCUGAGCAGUUGCUGGCCGAGAUGGAAUUCAAGGACACCGACACUGAAGACGAGCGUGAGCUUAAGUUGCGGAUUCUUCGUAUCUAUGCAAAGAGGCUUGAUGAGAGAAAGCGGAGGAAGGAUUUUAUUUUGGAAAGGAACCUGCUGUACCCCAACCCCUUUGAGAAGGACCUAACGCCAGAGGAGAGAGCGAUAUGCCGUCAUUACGAUGUCUUCAUGCGAUUUCACACCAAAGAAGAGCACAACGAUCUACUUGAGACAGUUAUCUCUGAGCAUCGAAUUUUGAAGAGAAUCCAACUACUCCAGGAUGCCCGUACAGCAGGUUGCCGCACACCAGCAGAGGCAGAUGCGUACUUUGAGCACAGGAGAAGGGAGGCUGAAGAGAGUGCUCAUAGGGCCAAAGAUGGCUCUCAACUGGGCCCCAGCAGCCAUGGAGCCUUCAUGGGAUCUUCGGACCCAAGAGCUGCGGGACAGGGUUCCUCAAGCUCUGCUAACAUUGUGGAAACAAUGGGCUAUAGCGGCGCGGAUUUGCUGUCUGAAAAUGAGAAGAGGCUUUGCACAGAAAUUAGGGUACCGCCACAAGUUUAUCUCAGCAUGCAGCAAGUGAUGUCAGUGGAGAUCUUCAAAGGUAAGGUCACCAAGAAGAUGGACGCCUACCACUUGUUUCAGAUGGACCCUAGCAAGAUCGAUCGGGUGUAUGAUAUGCUCGUGAGGAAGGGGAUCGCUGCGCCGUGAUAAUUGAUUCCGAGCUUCUGUUUUUCUAUUCCUAGCAAGAUCGAUCGGGUGUAUGAUAUGCUCGUGAGGAAGGGGAUUACUGCUCCGUGAUAAUUGAUUCCGAGCGUCUAUUCUAUCGUAGCAUUUUGUCAAGUCCUUUGACCCCACAGUUUUUCUUUUUUCUUUUUAACAAAUUUAGAGACACCACAGGAUAAUUAUUCAUAUAUAUAUAUAUAUAUAUAUAUUUGGUUUUGAUAACGAGGAGUUCAUUUUUUUCGGACCCAUGAACACCCACAAACCCAUGGAUCCAGUUAAGGAAUUUAUUUUAGAAAAAUGAGAUGAAAUGGAAUGGCAUUCAUGUGC